CACAGCUUUGUGGGCGAGUUGGUUGGUGUUUUGGUUUUCCCCGCUCCGUUGCUUUUCCUGCUUCUCUUCUGCGCUGAUCAACCAACAACAGACCACCACACCCACCCUUUGUUGCUUGUUGUGCGUUGAGCGUGUGGUUUGUUCUUGUUGUUGGUGCUGUGGCUGACUUGAAGCCAUCCCUGCCAAGCCCCAAAUCCACCCGCUGUCUCAACGACAGGACAAGAGGCAGCCGCCGCUUGCCGUUGUGCUGUGCCGAAGCCUUCCUUUGCUUGCCGGCCUCUGCUCUUUUGGUUGCUUGCAAGCAUUGCUGGCAAAGUGACCAUCAUCAGUCAGUCUUGUGCAGCAACGGCAGGAGUAGAGCAAAAACAAUGACGGAAGAAGAGCAGCAGAGAUACCCUUGGAUGCAUCCCGCCCUGCCACGAGCACAGGCUGAAGAGCUGCUGCUGCAGGCGAAGGGCGAGGAUGGCCUGUUCUUUCUUCGCGAACGCAACAAGCAUCCAGGAGACUAUGUCAUGUGUCUGCAAUUCAAAGGCAGACCGACGCACCACCUCCUGCAACGCAACGACAAGGGCUUGUGGACCAUCAACAAGACACAAUAUGGCGAAUGCAGGACACUGGAAGAGGUGAUUGAGCACUUGCGAACUAAGCAGCAAGGGUGGCCCGUGGUACUGGGAGACUAUGUCCCGAACCUCCUGCACCAACAAAAGCAAGCCGCCGAAAACGGGCAUGCGUCGCUAUCGACAGCACCACCCGCACAGCAACAGCAGCAACAUCAGCAACAACAGCAGCAGCAACAACAGCAACAACAGCAACAACAGCAACAGCAGGCACAUACGAUUUCAAUGACAGCAUCUCAAGAGACACCGCCAGAAACGGCAACAAACCCAACUUAUUUACACACCGAAAAGAACCAAGAGCAACAGCAGCAACAGCAGGCGGCUGUGCCCAAGCAAUCGUCCACCACAACCACACCACCGUCCACUCCAACCACCCCAAGCAUGGGCAUUGCUGUUGAGCACUUGCCAUACUAUCACGGAAAGCUGGACCGCAAGCAAGCCGAAGCAACGCUACAAUCCUAUGCGGAGAAGGAAGGUCUUUCGUCCAUCAACAGCGUGUGGCUGCUGAGGCAGCGUGCAAACUCGGAUCUUGCCAUCACCAUCGGGUUUGCCAACAAACCCACCCACCACCUCAUCAAGCAAACGAAUGGAACCCUGUCCAUUAACGCAACAUCCACAGAUGCCAAAACCGCCGAAGAGUUGAUUGCCAUUCUCGAGAAGCGGCCCAAGUUCUGGCCGGCAGCCCUGACACACCCCGUGCCGCGAGCAGGGUCGCCGCAACAAGCAGCACCCACCGCAUCGUCUGCAUCGGCGACAGCAACGACAGCGGCAGCACCCACAGCCACUGGGCACACAAACACCUCGCAGCCGUCAACAGGCACCACUGCCACUACCGCCGCCAACGCAGCACGGUCCACGUCUUCAAGCCAGCCGAAACCAGCACAGACGAAGCAGGCCAUCAACGGCAUGACGCUCUCGGCAACAGACACAGACAGCAGCAAGCCGCAUCAGCAACAGCAAGGACAGCAACCCAGCAAUUCAUUUGUGGGCAUUGCCCCGGAACCGCGCGAAGCGGACAUUCCACAUCCCGGUCUACCUCGAGAUCCCCAUUUGCUGCGGGCGAUGAUUGACGAGACGCCGAAACUGCCGGUGCACCUUCAUCGCAAGGACGUCAGCAUUUCCUUUGGCUUUGGCCUCAACAGCUUCACACCACCGGUGGUAACAAAGUCUUUAGCAGAUGGGUUGGCAUACAAGGCGGGUCUUCGUCGGGGCGAUUUGGUGUUGCGAAUCAACACGCUCGAUGCAACGGCUGCCGCAUACGAUCAGGUGUUGGAAGAGCUGAAAAACGCGGGUACAGACGUGGACAUUCUUGCUGUGCGCCCGGAUAUGAUGCUCAAGAGCGCCAUCCGCCAGGGCGGAAGAGUGCGACGCAGCAUUGGCCGACGAAGUUCAGACGCAAGAAACCCGUACGCGCAGCACGAAUCCGACGAAGAAAUGGAGGGCUACUGCUCGGAUGAGUAGCUGCCAACGCGUCGAGACACGCGCUCGUCACAAGACAUCGUCAUGUGUGGUUGUUUGUGUUCCUGUCGUCCUGUUGGCAUUCAUUCCCGUUUGCUGACUUGCUCAUGCUGCAUGCAAGCAAGUAACUUUGGUGAAGCUUGCGUCCCCUCCUCCUAUUCCUUUCCCUCUUUCUCGUUAGCAUCCUGCGAUCUUGCUAUCUUGCUACCUUGUACUUCAGUGCCCCUCAUCGCUCCAUUCCCUUCGAUACCUUGCUUGCUUGCUCAAGCGCUCAACCUCCACAUCACUCUGUCUGGCACUGCCUUGUUUCUUCCUUCCUUGUCAGCCGAGGCCCAGCCGUCACGCACGUGCCUCAUUGACUGUGUUGGCACAGAAGGCACGCAGCAUUCCUUCGUCCCACUUCCUGUUCACUUCCUCCUCUGUCUUUGCUUGCUCCUUGAUUCCUUUUCCUCUUCUGUUGCUACUAGUUGUCUUCUCGCAUUACUACUCCCUUCAGCUUCUUCUUGUUUUGGCUGUGCUUGCGUGUGCUUCUGUCUAACAGUGUGAUGUUGAACGAUAGCGGUUCGUUGUUUCAUGUUGUGCCAAAUCACCGCUUCCUCUCUUCCAUCCCACACUGUCUCUUCCCCAGCACCAUCGUUACCCGUUCGCAGGCACACUGCGUGGUGGCCUUGCAUAGAGUUGCCGAAGAGAUAACAUUCAUCAUCAUCAUGAUCAUCAUCAUUUAUAUCAC